UAGGGUAAGGCAGAAUCAGGCUCAGGAUGAGUUGAAGCGUAGGCUUGAUGACUUUGAAAUUUCAGCUGAACAAGCGCCUCCUAUUGACAAUGCAGUUUCUGAGUCGAUUGGUGAGAACCCUACUUCCCACACUCAAAGCCACGGACAAAGUGGAGGGGGGGUGAAGGCACCGGCUAAGAAAAAGGCGAGGGGUCUGACGACAAGUUUCAAGAAACCCGUCGGUCCCAUGGUCCUGGAGUAUGACAAGGCAGGCCAACCUACAGGCAAAUGGCGUCGUCAAUAUGCUGUUCACGUUGGCAUUUGUGCGCGCAAAAUCCCCAUUACUCUUGGUGAGCGGGAAGUAUCUCCUGGCUUGAUUGACACAUUUUGGAAUGAUACAAGGAGUCUGUUUAACAUUCCUAAUGAUGCCGCCAAGCGAAGGGUGUUUGAAUCUUUACUAGCGCAAAGAUUCAGAGGCUUCAAGACCACCUUAGUUCGUACGUGGAUCACAAAGACAAGGGUGAGAAAACCAAAGAACAAGAAAGGAGGUGGCAAUGAUGAUGAAGUCAUCGAGGAAGAGCAACUCCCAUGGCAAAAAUGGCCAAGCGUAUUGAAGGAUAAUUGGGAAGCUUUCGUUCUUCAAAAAAGAACUGAGGGAGCAAAAUUCAAAAAUGCAUUGCAGAGGCAAUACACCCAUCGUAUGGCGUGUAAGACAUUUGGUGAAUGGAGGGAAACGUGGGUCAAGGAUGGAGUUUACCCCACUUCGCUUCUAGGGUCCUCUAAAGAACCCUCUGAUUCCACGACCACUACGUUGGUGAGUCAUGCUGGCGAUUUCAUUUGCUCUCUACAUUCGCGUGACAAGAAAAUGGGUUAUCAAGGCUCCGGAAACCAAAGAAUGGCAGAUAAACUCUUUGAGUACACUAAAGAACUGGUUGAACGCAAGCUCGUCCCAAUAGUAGAGAAGGACCCUUUCACCUUGGCUUUGGGAAAACCCUACCAUCCAAGACGGGUAUUAGGUGCGGGAGGGACCUUGCUAGGAUGGGAAAAGGUGAUGGGUCCAAAAUAUACCAAAUCAGGAAGAUCCCGAGUAAGUGUGAACUCACCAUAUGACUUGGAUGCCACGGUGACAUCAAUUAAGGAACAAGUGCGCAACGAGAUGCGAUUCAAUGCUUGGGUGAAGCAAAUGAACUUGCUGGGCUUGCCUUUCCCCUCGACUGCACCGGUCGACUCAUGUAGUCACCCACACGAUCAAGGAGAAGAUGAGAUACAUGGAGACGAUGAUGAGAUACAUGAGGUUGGUACCCUACACAUGCGGACUCGAGGGAGAUUCAUAAUCCAACAUCUCAUGAAUUUCCAGAUUUACAGGAAGAGACCCGUUGUGCACUUCUACACCCGGGGCUAUCAAACAGUGGACCUUUGCAGUUGGUUGCGUAUGCUAGUGCACAACUGACCAGUGGUACGGUCCAUUCGCGACCGCUUAGGCCACAGAUCAAUUCUGUGGUUGCGGGGUUCGAGAACAUCCGAGUACUGGUGCCCAUAGAGGAGGAUGGGAUUACUACACUCUGGGAAGCAAAAGUUAGCUUUGUGCAAUGGCCAUGUGCUUGGGUAAGGUUGAUCAACGUGAUUUCGAAGAAAAGCCAAACUUCAAAGAGGAGGGUGGAUCAGCCUAAAAGCAUCAAUUAACCAGUGCCAAAGAAGAGGAGUGAACAACGGUCGGAGAGUGAAAAAGCGUCGAAGAAGAACUCUUCGAGAGGUUCAGUUAUGCAAGCUACUCCACUUGUUGCAGACACGGUCCUUCAAUCGCUCUCUAAAGAUUUAACUUAUCUACACAACCGUGUUAGUAUGCUGCCUAGUGACACUCCCAUUGAAGUUGCACUACCUAAGACAUUGUUCCACUAUGAUGACGAUGCAAUUGCAUGGCUCAACAAAGAAUAUGUGUAGAAAUUUCUAAGUGGUUCAAUGCUUAACAUUUCCCUCAUUCAAACAUUCAUGAGAGCACUACAGGAGCACUUACGUGACAUUGAUUCUCCGUGUCAAGUUGGGUGGUUAUGCCCCGAGCAGAUCUCCACUACUAGAAUCUUAGGCAACCCCCCGACGUGUUGUACUAUGUUGAACGGAGUAUCAAGUAAUCAGUGCGUGCGGGGGACAAGUUCAUAUUCGCCCCAUGUUAUGAGGAUUUGCAUUGGACCCUGGUGGUGAUUUGUGUUUCCAGUAACACAAUCUUCCUUUUCGAUUCAGCUCGAUUGCCUCAUCCAAAAAAACUCCUCGUGAAGUCCACACUGCAAAAUGUAAUGAAGAAGAUAAAUUGUCGAGCUCCUCAAGGUCACACAUGGAAAUCACCGAUGUGCACAUAACAAGAUAACGGAGUUGAUUGUGGCCUAUACGUAAUGAGAUUCAUGUUUGACAUAGUGAGUCGUUGUACAGAUACACUACAGCUUGAUGAGUUUUACAAGGUACGAAAGGGAGGUCUGUUGACGAGCAAAGAACUUAAUGAAGUUCGAGACAUGUUGGCGUCCUUCAUCACAUUUAAUUUGUAAAUAUCAUUUCUAUUUGAACUUGUU